GCUCCUCCUCCUCCUCUCUCUGCUCCUCCCCUCUCUGCUCUAGCUCCUCCUGCUCCUCUCUCUGCUCCUCCCCUCUCUGCCCUAGCUCCUCCUCCUCCUCUCUCUGCUCCUCCUCUCUCUGCUCCUCCUCUCUCUGUUCUAGCUCCUCCUCCUCCUCCUCUCUAUGCUCCUCCCCUCUCUGCCCUAGCUCCUCCUGCUCCUCCUCCCUCUGCCCUAGCUCCUCCUCCUCCCUCCGUGGUGCAGGAGGCGGCUCUGGUUCUCCGGGACGUCCGCAGACAGCGGAAGGUUCUGGAGGAGAACGUGGACGCCAUGCUGAGAGCCCGCGACACUGAGGCUCUGCACCUUCAGCUGGACGCCCUGUCGGCCAACAGGGACUGCAGCGAGGCUCUGAGGGUCAGGAGGACGGUGGACGCGUGGAUCACCCAUCUGUCACAUGACCCCCAGACCUCCUCUGUGCAGACCUCCUCUGCUCCCACCGCUGCUCCUCGAGGAGGAGGAGGAGGAGGAAGAGGAGGAGGUCCCUCGCUGCCUGCCAGGAAGGCGGGGCCAAGGCCACUGGGCGUUCCCAGGCAACCAGGCGGUGUCAAGGCAGGAAGAGGAAGUAGGCGACAGCAGCCCAACGCCAGAUCAGCCGUGGACCAGGACCAGGACCAGGACCAGGACCAGGCUCCACCCAGGGGUCCGGGGCCCUCCUCCAGGGGCGCCCUGAAGAAGACCCCCUACCUCAGACCCCCCUCCCCGGGCCCCCCCAGACACAGGGACCCGGCCAGACCCCCACCGGUGGACAGCGGCCGGGGAGUCCAGAUGAAGUCUAUUAGAACUCAGACCGAUCAAUCUGCCACUCCCCCCCGGUUGCCAAGACAACCGGUCCAGGACGCCUGCAGCCAUGCCCCCGUUGCCCACGGCAACCAGCGGUCCCAGGACGGGGCCCAGCGCUGGCUCCCCGUGGCCGUCCCCCUCGGUCAGGAGCUCGUAACUGGGCUGUCGUCCAGACGACCGCUGAUACAACAUCCAGAGACGUCCAACAUUGCCGCCGCGCACCCAACCACUGGAUCCAACAUGGCCGCCGCGCACCCAACCACUGGAUCCAACAUGGCGGCCAUUGAAGUCCCCACUGCAUCCAACAUGGCGGCCAUUGAAGUCCCCAGUGGAUCAAACAUGGCGGACAUUGAAGUCCCCGGUGGAUCCAAAAUGGCGGACAUUGAAGUCCCCAGUGGAUCCAACAUGGCUGCCGUGGAAGUCCCCAGUGGAUCCAACAUGGCUGCCGUGGAAGUGUUGAAUCAGAAAGCAACAGUUGAACUACAGAUCGUCACAGAAAGGAGUGAUGAUGAAGAGGAGGAGGAGGAAGAGGUGCUCUUCCCAGGAACGGGUUUCCUCUCUGUAGUGGAUGUUGUUCAGGAGGACAGUGCUCAGGAGGAGCUGCUCAUCGAGGUCUCUGGACAUCGGUCCCCCCCCGCUGCUCUCUACCACGGGCCGGCCUUCCCCCCCUCCACCUCCGCCGCCCCCCUCCCUGCCCAGGACCAGGCCUCCGCUCUGGGCCUCAUCCAGCGGGGAGACGCCCUGGAGAACCGGCUGCUGGAGUGGGUGGAGCAGCAGGUGAUGACCAGGGUCAUCUGUCAGAUGUACAGCCCCCCUCCCCCUGACCCCGCCCUUAAUGAAACGAGUGGCCAAUCAGAGGCCGAGGAGGACAGCGUCACCUCGGGGUCACACCGUUCACCCGAGGGUCCUGCUGGGGUCGGUUCCCCUCUGCUGCGCCGGUACGUCAGGGAGGUUCUGGUGGAGACCGGGACCCUGAUGCUGUCCCAGAGAGACCCACCGGGACCAGGACCAGGACCAGGACCAGGACCGGGACCGGGGGCGGCAGAGCAGCUGCUGGUGUCCACCCCAGCUCCGACCCCAGUACCCAGCCCAGUCCCAGACCUGGACCCGGACAGUCCCCAGAGCCCCCCCCUGCAGACCCCCCCCCCCUCCGGACCCCCCAGCCCGGAGCCAGCAGAACCCUGGCCCUCACACACAGUGGCUGACGUGGAGCUGGUGGCCACGCCCACCCCCACCCCGGAGCCACGCCCCCUGGACGACGACCCGCCUAUCCUGGCUGAGGGGACCCCCGACUCACACUCACUUACGGCUGGUAGUACUAGUACUGCUGGUAGUACUAGUACUGCUGGUAUCAGCCUGAGCACCAGCAGCAGCAGCCUGGUGGUGGCCGGGGGGGCGGAGCCUGCAGUGAGACACAUCUCAGAGGGAGAGCUGCUGGUCAGCUGCUACUACCCCACAGAAGACGGCAGUUUCUCCAGUUCUCUGCGGGAGCUUCAGGAGAUGGACUACGACCCUCCUAGUGAAGGACAGGUCGGAGGUCAUGACCCCACGCUGAGCCUGCUGGCCAGGAUCGACCAGGAAGUCACACUCUCUGAGCCCCGCCCCCAACCUGAGGGGUCCUGGGGGGAGGAGGUGGAGGAGGGGGAGGAGGUGAGCAUCGGGGAGGUCAGGGGGGGUCACACAUCCUCCCUAGCGGACCCCCGGCAACAACGGACUACAAACUCCCAGAGGACUACAAACCCCAGCAGGAGUAGGAGGGGAGGAGGAGGAGGAGGAGGAGGAGGAGAAGGGGAGCAGGAGAAGAGCGACAGCGCGACGGCAGGGUUACGCUACGCACCGACCAAUCAGGGCCCAGUAACCAUGGGAGACCUAAAGGCCGAGCCAAUCGGUGAAGCUGGGAUGAACACCUCGCUUCAGGCCGACCAAUCACACUCACCCCCACCGAUGGAGAGCACACCUAAGGCCUCCAGGCCUCUGGAGGCUCUCAGAGCACAACCUACCCUGGUGAGACCCUACGACCCCACCCUGCCAGGGGAACAGGAACAGGAAGUGAUGCGUGGCCGCAGGAAGCUUCAGGUCCUUCUUCCCUUGCUGAUCAACGAGGAAGAGGAGGAUGAGGAUAACUGAUGAUGUCAUCGGGGAGGGGGGAGGUUUUACUAUUCAAACAAAUAAUGUUUUUUUAUUAUAUUUUCAAAUAAAUGCUUGUCUAAAUUUGAUGCUUGACUGAUGA